GCUUCUGCUUCAUUCCAGAGACUGUCUUUCGCUGGUGAACCUUGAUCAUCAGUAUGUCUAGACCAGCACACCAUUGAGGACGCCCAACCAUCACUGCUGGACCAGUGAGAAUCCCAGACUGAUAUAUGUGAGAUUCUACCCUGUCUUCCUUUUCCUUUGCGUCCACCACUACCUUCCCCUGGGGCUCUACCUGCUAGCUUUACACCUGAGCCAGAGACUGAUGGCACCACAUGGCACGAGAAUAACAAGAUGAAAUGGCUCAUUGAAGUCCGUGCAGCCUGAGAGAGAUGGAUAAAGGAGAGGGACCUGACCAGACCAGCCAUAUGACAUCCCAGACCAGGGAAGUGAGCCAGAGUCCAGAGCAGUAGCUGUUACGGCCUACCUGACAGCCCAAAGCAUCCACCAGUGACUGACCAGCCCCUUUGUAUUGUGAGAAUGUCAACAAAAGCCUUAUUUCUUCCACUUUUACUAUCCUUUCUUUUUCUUUCUAUUUUGCCAGGGGCAGAAAAAGUAAUCACCAUUCUCAGAGGUCAACUCAAUAUACAACAGAACUAAUCCUUUCUUCUCCACUAAGAAGGACUGUUAGGUGAAAUACAAGACUCUAACCAAUAUCCUUGCUCUAAAGAGGACCUUGAUAAGUUUGGAUUAAGUUUGUUUUGCAUAACCACUCUAUUGCAUGAUGCUUUUUUCUCUUGUGUGUCCUAAUCAAUACAUUUCCAAACUUUGGCCUUUUUUGUGUGUGUGUGUUUGCACCAUGGGAUUAAGAUGGCCAAGGUCUCUCUACUCAUCAUAACCCCAAACCAUAUUGGACUAUUUGGUGUUGUACAGUGACAGGGUCAGGUUAAUAUUCCAUUGAUUUUAACACAACAGUUCUUUACUUCCUAAUGUGACGUGGUUUCCUUUUCUACAGGCCAAAUGGAUUGUAAGCUAUCCUCUCACUGGUUCAGGAGUGAAGAUCGCCUGGUCUGGGCCUUGGCCCAGUGGGAGUCUUGAAGCAGAAAUUAUAUAUUUGGAGGGAAAAUAUUGCUCUGGCAAGUUGUUUUAUUAGAAAUAUAUAGCAACAGUUUGAAGCUGCUCAGAUGUUUGGCAUGUACUCAAGGAAAUGAGCUUAGGUGAGGUGGUCAAAGGUGUAUUAUAAAUGCAGUUUAUCACAGGAGUUUGCAUUUUAUCAAAUGGAUAUCAAAUGGACAUAUAUGCUAUACUUGGUUAGAUUUUCUAAUCAAAAGAAAAAGAUACUCUAGGUGGAGCAUGGUCUGGGAAAGUGUUAUCUGAACCUACUGCACAAACACAGGAGAGGAUAUAAAAUGAACCCUUCUGAAUGUGAGAGGUACUUAUCCUAGAUCCAAAUUCUCUCUCUUUUCUUUUCGAGGACUCCAAACUGUAAUGGAACAGAAGGGGAUCCAGUUACUAUCAGUCAUCCUCAUUUUAGGGCUCAGUGCACUGACUGAAGGAGGAGAAGCCCCAGCUCCAUGCCGAUGUAAUGUGGAUCCAAAAACCAGAGUGAACUGCGGGCCUCCAGGAAUCACUGCUGAGCAAUGCGAGAAUGCAGGAUGCUGCUUCAGUUCAGAAGUUCCUGAAGUCCCCUGGUGCUUCGCUCCUCUCGCAAAGAAAUAUAAAAAGGUCUGUCCAGCAGAAGUAAAACUCAGACAGAACUGUGGCUACCCUGGCAUCCCUGCUAAAGAGUGUGAGGCAAGAGGAUGUUGUUUUGAGUCAAACCCCCCUGCUGUCCCCUGGUGCUUUUUUCCUCAUCUGGUGGAAGAAGCUUGUUAAAGAGACUGUGCACCAGGAACUUUCACCAGGAACCUCUCUGUCAAUGGAUCUACUCACGCAGGAAAAUAAUAGAAAGCCCUCACAUCUUACACUUCGCACUCUGUAAUCAUUCUGAUUUCCAGAUCAUUUUUGCCUUGGAUUUACUCCUUUUCCAAUGACCCAAUUAAUCACAGCUUUUAUUCUUUUCAGUCGGUUGGUACUGGGCAGCUGUCCAAAGCAAUAAAAGAAU